CUUUGACCCUGCCUCCCAGAUUACCCAGAGCAGGCUGACUGAUCAUCCAGCUCGCACAACAUGCCAUCGGGAGACAGCAGCCUCAUCCCCCCCUACAAUGGACUGAGAGAUGACAACCUCGCUCACUUCUUUAAUAGGAGGAGAACACGCAGGCACCUCAGGAAAGCUGGCCUGGUAACCCGCUCAGGUGAAAUAGUCUCAGAGAAGGUCUAUCGACUCAACAUCGCCAAGCAGGAACACAUGGACCAAACCAGGCAGCUUCUGGUCACCGCGAUCAACGAGAAGUACAACAACAUAGAGAAAGCAGAGAGGAGGCUGGACCAGGAUCAAACACAGCGGGGAGGAACCAUCGGGUACAGAGCCCAGCACUCCGCCCUAAGCCCCGGCAGAAGGAAAAAGGAUGCAGUCCACCCCGAGGCAGAGAGGAUCAAGCGAUAUCUGUCAGGGCUGGACAAGAAAACCAUUGAGAACUUGACCGGAUUCAGUCUUGGAAGUGAAGUUGCACCUUGCGGAUUGCUUGUUAUUGACCUCUCUCCCCACCCCCCCGGACCCGAGAGGUGUGCACCAAUCAGACAAAAGGGGAGUGCCCCCAAGAAGGGAAGCCAGCCCAGAUCUAAAGAGUCGACUCAGAAAGCCAAGGUAGAGUUCAGCUGUACCAGGUGAUUUCCUUCCUUUCUAUGGCUGUUGAUCACUAAUUAUAUUUGAAACUUGCCAUAGGUUUUUUUUUUAAUUUUAUUUAUGUGAACUAAGAUUGCAGACAAUUCAAAAUGAAACCUAGACAAUGAAUACAACUCCUCAUUCAUAGGGUAUCUUCUGCUUAUUAUCACCACAUUGAAAUGUCCUGUCCAGACUAUAAUGGGAAACAAUAGGCACGCUUUCCUGAUAAUAUCUCUUAAUGCCACUCACUAUUAACAGCUGACUUCCACCACACUUAAUAUCACUUUGGGAAUUAAAACUAGCAUUAGAAGAAUCACAUUUAACUAAGUUGCUGUGCAGUGUUUGACUAUCCUGAACUUUCAGUAGCAAAACACAGCACACAGGGCCCUGCAAUGCAUAUGUAUACAGCUUUGCUUUUAAUUAUUAAGAAUAUGCUGGGCAUUAAUAGUGCAACAGACUCCAUAUUGAAUAUGUAUAUACUGUAUACGC